AGAAGUCCCACUCCCACGCUGUCAAUAAAAGAUUUGGACUUCCUUGACCAACAAACGGAGAGUUGACGUAGACAACAACGGGUCUCCGUACGCAAACCAUGUUGAUAUUGGAACAGGAAAGUAUGCGCACGAGCUCAGAGGACGCCGACACAUAGUUCAAAGCCAGCCAGAGUCAACUCCAGUGGGUACCUUGCUCCUGAUCUCGGAGAGCAGCUGGAGCUUCGGAUUUGGAGAAUUGGGUUCGCGUUUUUCUCCGCCUCCCGGAACCGGCGAUGUCGAAGGUGGUGUGGGAAGGGUGGAUGGUGAGGUACGGGCGCAGGAAGAUCGGUAGAUCCUACAUACACAUGAGGUACUUCGUGCUGGAGCCCCGGCUGCUCGCUUAUUACAAGAGGAAGCCUCAAGAUAACCAGGCUCCCAUCAAGGCAAUGGUAAUCGAUGGCAAUUGUAGGGUGGAGGAUCGUGGCUUGAAGAUGCACGACGGACACAUGGUUUAUGAACUGUGUGUUUACAACAUGAAGGAGAAGCACGAUGUCACGAUGGCAGCAUUUAACAUCCAGGAGGCCUUAAUCUGGAAGGAAAAAAUUGAGGCAGUGAUCGAUCAGCAACAGGAAUUAAAUGGCAAUAAGCACGUUUCUUUUGAAUUUAAGCCUGCGAUGGACAAUUGGGGGACGGCUUCGUCUUCAAACCAUGAAAGUCAGUUCAGUGCACCAGAGGAUGAAGAUGAUGCUCAUCGAGACCUGCGAAGAAAAAUUGGAAAUGGUCUUCCCGACUCAGUUCUUGACUGGACCAGGGAAGUUGACUCAGAAAUGUCUCAUCAGAAUAACAAUAACCAAGGAUUUCCCAAAAAGCAUUGGCGUUUGCACCAGUGUCAAAAUGGUCUUCGGAUUUUUGAAGAGCUUGUCGAAGUCGAUUACUUGGCAAGGAGCUGCGGUGGAGCAAUGAAGGCUGUUGGAGUCGUUGAGGCUACGUGUGAGGAAGUAUUUCAGCUUGUAAUGAGAAUGGACGGGACACGGUUUGAGUGGGAUAGCAGUUUCCACGAUGGUAGUUUAGUUGAAGAGGUAGAUGGGCAUACGGCAAUACUUUAUCACCGGCUUCAGCUGGGCUGGUUCCCAAUGUUGGUGUGGCCACGUGAUCUUUGUUAUGUGCGGUACUGGCGCCGGAAUGAUGAUGGGAGUUAUGUUGUGCUAUUUCGUUCUAGAGAACAUGUAAAUUGUGGUCCACAGCCUGGAUGUGUGCGUGCACAUGUUGAGAGUGGAGGGUUCAACAUCUCACCGCUAAAAUCUCGAAAUGGGAGACCAAGAACACAGGUUCAGCAUCUUAUGCAAAUUGAUUUGAAAGGAUGGGGUGUGGGCUAUAUUCCGGCUUUUCAGCAACAAUGUCUCCUUCAUAUGUUAAAUUGUGUAGCUGGAAUGCGUGAAUGGUUUGCCCAGACAGAUGAAAGAAGUGCCCUUCCAAGAAUCCCUGUCAUGGUUAAUAUGACAUCAGCCUCUGUUUCUUCAUAUAAGGCUAAACAUAAUGAGUCUACUGUUCAUCCAACACGUUCUCUUGAAACUAAUGCUUCGGGUAGAAAUUCUGUUAUGAUGGACGAAUAUUCUGAUGACGAUGAGGAAUUUCCAGAACCAGAGGAAUACUCAACUGGUCUUGAGGGUGAAGUCAAGAAAGAAGCCAUGGAAGAAGAAGCUGCGGAACAAAUUGAUUUGUCAUGCUUUUCUGGUAAUUUACCUCAUGUUGACCAUGAUAAUGCUCGAGACUGCUGGAGAAUUUCUGAUGGGAAAAAUUUCAGAGUUCGGAGCAAGCAUUUUUGCGAUGACCAAUCAGAGAUUCCUGCAGGAAAUCAUCUAAUGGAUCUUGUUGCUGUUGAUUGGUUCAAGGACACAAAAAGAAUAGACCAUGUUGCCAGACGAAAAGGAUGUGCAGCACAAGUUGCUUCCAGGAAGGGGCUUUUCUCCAUUGUCAUCAAUGUGCAAGUACCUGGCUCAACCCAUUACAGUAUGGUAUUUUACUUCGUAACUAAAAAAUUAGAACCUGGAUCCCUCUUGCAACGAUUUGUUGAUGGUAAUGAUGAAUUCCGCAAUAGGAGACUCAAGCUCAUUCCUUCAGUACCAAAGGGUUCGUGGAUUGUUCAACAGAGUGUUGGUAGUACUCCUUGUUUGUUGGGGAAAGCAGUUGACUGCAACUAUAUCCGUGGUCCUAACUACCUGGAAAUUGAUGUCAACAUUGGUUCUUCUAAUGUUGCUUAUGGAGUUUGGGAUCUUGUGAACGCUGUCAUCAAAACAUUGGUUGUUGAUAUGGCUUUUCUUGUACAGGCUAACACUGCUGAUGAGUUGCCGGAACGGCUGAUCGGAGCAGUUCGUGUCUCUCAUAUAGAACUUUCAUCUGCAAUUGUUCCCAAUCUGGAUGCGGAAUCAUCAUGACCCAUCCAGGUUUCGAAUGCACAUUAUUCAUUCCGGCAGAGCAUACUGAUUACCGUCUCAUUUUUCUUAUUCGUAGUAGAAUUACUUUCUGUGUGGAGGGACAAAAAGAAUGAUUAUCCUUAUCUUAUGCUUGACCUUCUCAAUUACAAUGGCACAAUUCAUUUGUCUUCUCAUAAACUUUCUUCCUAUGUACAGAAUCUGUGGGUUUGGUACAUGCUGAGACUAAUGACGAAUGUUGGUAGUAUAUCUUUGAUCUCCAAAA